AUGGGAACGAUCAUUGGUCGGCAAGGCCUAAAAAUCAAACAUAUCCAAGACGUUUCUGGAGCCAGAAUGGUUGCUUCAAAGGAAAUGCUUCCACAGAGUACAGAGAGAGUAGUCGAAGUUCAAGGAACUGUCGAAGCAAUUCGUGUCGCAGUUUGGGAAAUCGGCAAAUGUCUAAUUGAAGAUAACGAACGAGGUAUCGGAACUGUUCUUUAUAAUCCAGCUAUUAGGGUCACUUCAAGCUACUCAACUACUAGACGUAAUGAAUAUACUGUUCGAACUGGAAGUGGAACUGAUUUUACUCGCCCUUCUCGAAAUGGUAACAGUGAAUACCAUAACCGUCGUCAGCCUUCCAAUAGUAAUAAUUACGAUAGUUCCAGCAUUAGAACUCAAAAUAUUUCAAUUCCUGCUGAUAUGGUUGGUUGCAUUAUUGGCAAAGGUGGUUCAAAGAUUUCGGAAAUUCGUAGACUCUCUGGUUCUCGUAUUAGUAUCGCCAAGACACCUCAUGAUGAAACUGGCGAACGCAUGUUCACCAUUCAAGGCACUCCAGAAGCAAACGAAAAGGCUCUUUUCUUGUUGUACAACCAACUAGAGACCGAAAAAGAGCGUCGUUUGAGUGCGACUGCAAAUGGAAAUGAUUCCGAUUCUUAA